GUUCACUGCCCGAGGGUGUGUGCUGACAGCGCUGACAUCUUCAUACACACUCUGAGAGGUAGAGAGAGAGAGAGUCGCCGACUUUGCAACUGUCACUUCAUCCUCUUAUCAAUCGCUCAAUCCUUUUCAGGGUCAGCAAACUCGGCCAGCACAACCACUCGAAAAGGACAAACUACUACUCUUCAUCAUUAUUAAAGCCAAGUGCAAGAAUAUGAAUCUACAAACAUCAGCUGUGUCGUACUGAGAACAUAAACCUGAUAGAGAGACAGAAGGUAAAAAACAUAAAGCACCAUGACGAUUGUGACUACUGUGGGAAUCUCAGUUCCUCCCCAAAUGUCUCCAGUCAUGGAGGAAGACCCUGAAGACAGCGAGGAAGAUGUUCGUCCUUCUCCUGUCCCGCUAACACACUUUAACGUCAACAACAGCAACAACAAUGAAGAGCAAGAGAAGAAGAAGAAGGUGAAAAAGGAGAAAAAAGAAAAAAAAGAAAAGAAAGAAAAGAAAAAAAGGAAGGAGCAGAAGGAGCAGGAGAAUGAGAAAGAAAAAGAGAAAGAGAAGGAAAAAGAAAAAGAGAAGGACAAGGACAAAGAGAAGGAGAAAAAAGAAGGGCCGAAGGAGGUGUUUGUGAUUAACCCGGCCAGUAACCUGUAUUACCAGUGGAUCCUUCUCAUCACGUUGCCCGUCAUGUACAACUGGACCAUGAUCAUUGCGAGAGCCUGCUUUGAAGAACUGCAGCAUGAAUAUCUGAUCACAUGGUUCUUCCUUGACUACAUCUGUGAUCUCCUUUAUCUGGCUGAUAUGGCCUUCAGAACAAGGACUGGCUACCUCGAGCAGGGAUUGCUUGUCAAGGAUAAGAAACUCCUCAUCAAGCACUACACGGACAGCCCUCAGUUCCGGCUCGACGUCAUCUCGAUGAUACCCACCGACGUGCUGUACUUCAUCCUGGGACUGGACUACCCUGAGAUCCGCAUCAACAAGCUACUACGCAUCAACCGCAUGUUUGAGUUCUUUGACCUUUCACAGACCAUGACUAACUAUCCUAACAUCUUCCGCAUCUGCACUUUGGUCAUGUAUAUCAUCAUUAUCAUUCACUGGAAUGCAUGCCUCUACUUCUCCUUCUCCAAAUCUAUUGGUUUUGGUUCAGAUCCCUGGGUCUACCCGGCGCUCACUGAGCCUGAGUUUGGGGACUUGUUGAGGAAGUACUCUUUCAGCCUCUACUGGUCCACGCUGACUCUCACCACCAUCGGGGAAACACCGUCUCCUGAGCUGGACUCUGAGUUCUUCUUCCAUGUCGUAGACUUCUUGGUUGGUGUCCUGAUCUUUGCCACCAUUGUUGGGAAUAUUGCCACAAUGAUCUCCAACAUGAAUGCGGCCCAAGCCCAGUUUCAGGCGCGUAUCGACAGCAUCAAGCAAUACAUGCAUGUGCGGCAUGUCAGCAAGGACCUGGAAAAGCGAGUCAUCAAGUGGUUCGACUAUCUGUGGACCAAUAAGAAGGCGCAAGAUGAAAGGGAGGUACUCAGGUACCUGCCAGACAAGCUGCGAGCAGAGAUUGGUAUGAACGUUCACCUGGAUACGUUGAAGAAGGUGAGGAUCUUCGCAGACUGUGAAGCGGGACUGCUAAUUGAGCUCAUUCUUAAAUUACAGCCUCAGGUGUUUAGCCCUGGUGAUUACAUCUGCCGCAAGGGUGACAUCGGCCGGGAGAUGUACAUCAUCAAGGAGGGAAAACUGGCCGUGGUGGCUGAUGAUGGUGUCACAGAGUUUUGUGUUCUGGGUGACGGAAGUUACUUUGGUGAGAUUAGCAUCCUGAACAUUAAAGGCAGCAAAGCAGGGAACCGCAGGACAGCUAACAUUCGCAGCAUCGGAUACUCAGAUCUCUUCUGCUUGUCUAAGGAUGAUUUAAUGGAAGCUCUGACCGAGUACCCUGAUGCCAAAAACAUGCUGGAGGAAAAGGGGAGGCAGAUCCUUAUGAAAGAUGGCCUGAUUGAAACGGACCUGACCAAACUGAAGCCAGACCAGAAGGACCUUGAGGACAGAGUGAACCGCAUUUACAGCACCAUGGAGCUGAUGCAGGCCAAACUGAAGAAACUGCUAGCGGAUUAUGAGAAAACUGAGAAAAAUCUGAAAGAGCGCAUCGCUCAGAUAGAACGCUAUGCUGGGGAGGAGGUGGAAGAAGAGGAUGAGGAUGAAGACAAGGGGCAGAAGGACGUGAAGGAAGAGGCUCCACCAGAGCAAGUCAAGGAGGAGAAGAAAGAGGAGGACAAGUAGGAGGUCUGAAGGGUUGUGGUCUUCAUUAUCAUUGUUGAAUCAAAAUGUGACCCUGUCAGAAAAAGUUCCAAGUGGAAGCCUGUUAGAAGAGUAAGAACUUUUAACCUCCUAAAGAACCCUUGAAGAAUCUUUUUUUUUCUGAGAAUGUAGUAUUUCAAUAUCUUUGUUUGUGAUGUUUAGUUUCCAAUAUUUUUAAUUUUGUGUAGUUCUCAAAAUGCCUAUUAUCGCUUAGUCGAUCUCUGGGACUGGUAAAACAUUGAAUCUUUAGUUUGAGCAGAUGAUCUGUGAUGAGAAUUUCACUGAGAACACUUGUGUAAGCAUAACUGUAUACUGUACAGUGUUCUGAAUGUAAAAUAUAAAUUAUUAUCACAUGGUCCUGAGCGAUUUCAGCAUUGGUGUUUAUUCAGAAUGCACUUAUUUGUAGGAUUAAGAUUUCUAAAACACCUAUAUUAAAUAAACUAUUAAUUCUAUUAAAUUCAGUUUUAU